GUUGAUGCAAUGUUUGGCCGUCAUCGUACACCGCCUUGAGGAACAAAGGCCUCUGGCUUCUAAUUUCUUGCCGACGUUGCCACUUUGCAAAACAACAAAAACAAAAACAUGACAGACAGCUUCUCAAUCUACGCGGAACUGCUACCCAACAUCCGGCAGGUCUCUGUCGUGGCCAGCCUCCCCUCGCCAUGUGAAACGUCGACGCGCGCCCUGCUGCUCAGCGAUGGCAGCCGUAUUCACGUCACACACCGUGACGAUUCCCGGCUACUCGAGCUGCCUGCCGCGGUCGUUCAAGGUGGCGGCGGCGGCUCGGCCAUUUUGCCAUUGAAGCCCGCGGCGGACAAUCGCUGCAAGUUGACCUGGCGAUUCCCGCUGGGCCUGGCUUCAUCUUCCUCGGCAGCACCAAAGGGGAUUACUGCGCCUACCGGCUCCUCGGUACCCUGGGAAGCCGUCAACAUUGCAGCCGGCUCCACUGUGCGUUGUGGGGGUUGCGAUGCGGUGCUGGUGCCAGGGGAUUCCAUAAUGGAGUGGAAGGACCUCCCCAGCGCGAACUGGGCUGAGAUGAUGGAGUUUUGGCACUGUCACAAACCGGACGACCAUGCUGGCCAGGAUGGGCAUCGGCACGACGGACAUGAUCAAGACAACCACCGAGUCAAGGCCGGGGACAAGGCCGACGAGCAGACGUUGGCUAGGAGGGGUUACGGGGCAAACUCCAGCAUUCAGGCGCGGCGGGGUGUUGGGUUUGUGGACUUGAUGACCUUUCUCUUUGCUGAGGAUGACUGCAGAGGCGUAGAGAUUCCAUCACGUGAAAAUAUCGACGACAGCAAUAGUGCCAGGUUCUUGCCGGUCAAGUGUUCUGAAUGCCAUACCAAAAUAGGACAUUUCAGCAUCAGGUCACCCGCAGUGAUGCUUUACAAAUGGCAGCUGCGCGUCGACGACAGCAAAACCAAGAGCGGUAAACCCCCGUCAGCUGUCCAGUGUCUGGCCGCAUCACUGCUCGCAAAUGUUGCUCGUUCGGGGUCUUCCAAGUCUCUUAUCACUCCCAUGACAGGUUUCUUGUCUGGUAAAGAUCACGAGGCAAAGAAGCGAGGCAGGUCGUUGCAUACAUGGGUACUCAACAGCACUAUAAGCUACACAUCGACUCGGGGCAAUACCACUAAGACUCCCGCUAUCAAACUGCUAUUCAAAGUGAUUAGCGAUGAGGAGGCAGACAAGAUGUUGGAAUCCUUCAGUUCGGACGUGCAAGAUGUUAGCCUACCAGAGGAUGCACUGGAGUAUGUUGUUGACGCACUGGAGCGUAGCAACAAAAUUUUACCGGCAAGCGACAGGAAUUUUCAAGGAUGGACGGUAGGCCUAUCAGACAGAUGGGGUUCUGGCUAGUAUUGAUUGGCCUUAAUCCUUUCGCGUCAUAGCAUGAUUUCCACCGGCGUAUUUUAGCGCUCCUUUAUACACAGCACUGAGUAGGUGCCAAUGGCACCAAAUCCUAUACCACCCAAGUAUCAGUGCAUUCCAUCACCCGACCCAUCCACCCUUUUCAACCAACUCCAAUGCGACGAAGGAUCCUUCACAAAGUCCUCCAUAUCGACCACCAGGGGCGAAGCGGCACCCUGCUCCACAACUCCCGCCUCCAGCGCCAUGUGAGCAUACUUGAGCGCCAGUUCCCUCGAGCCAAGCGAGCCGUACGUCUCGGCGGCCAGCCGGUAGGCCUCGGCCACCGAAAAUUCCAGCCUCUCCUGGCGGAUCAGGCUCAGCAUCAAGUCGACCGAGUUGGGCAGCGCGGGGCCGUCCUCGCGCCACGUCAGGUUGCGCAGGCUGUUGUCCAGCUGGUAGAUGGCGUACAGUCUGCUGUCGGACAGUUUACCCAUGGCCUCGGAGAGGCUGCAGUGCGGGCACGUGCAGGUGAAGCCCCAGUUGCGCUUGAGACGCUCCUGGCGGACCUGCCGGGCGCUGUACGAGUCGAUAUACGAGAUGGUGAGCUCCUCGCCCGCCGCGAUGUCGCGGGUGGCGUGGGUGGUAUGGACGAAUGACUUUGCAACGUGGAAGGCCAGGCUGUUUGAAAGGGCGGGUAGUGGUUAGUAAAACAAUGCUUUUGAAUACCGGGAAGGAUAAAAGAUGCUUUUACUUACUUUGGCCGGCAGUCAUGGUUAAGUCUCGAGACGCCAAGGAAGGUCCCCGCGUGCGGAACACCAGCUAUGUUUAGGUUGAACGAGUUUGUGUUUGCUAUAUCCCUGAUCUUGGCCCCUCGCUUCGUCGAGUUCGUUUGCGAUGCUUGCGACAGAAACUCCAUCACGGUCUCGCUGGGCAGCUGCUCGAUGCCGGCGUUAAACAGGCGCGUCUGGUCGUCUUCGGAACUGUCAAACGUCUUGAUAUCUGUGACGAGAGCGGGCCACUGCGCCAUGAUGAGCUGCCCGCGGCUGAUGGGGCGGCGCGCAACGAGCCCGACUCCCUUUCCGGGUAUUUCUCUCCGUUCAAAGAGCGUUCGUUCCGCCGGCGCGUUGUCCACGGCGGAGUCACUGCUUACUUUCAGAACGCGGGCCAGGAUCUCGGCGUUGCGGGCUUUUCCGAUAAAGACCAUCCCAUGGCCGUUGGCAAAGCCCGGGUUAGAGUAGACGCAGAACUCGCCGGCGCAUGCGUGCGGACCCCUCCAGAGUGUAUCCCAGGCGUUGUUGGAAUUGCUUGCGUUUGCUGGCCUUGCGAAUCCCGAAUCGCUUCUGUAAUUUGCUGAGCUCUCCCAAUCCAAGCCGUCCAUGCCCUCCAAGACCAGCACAUCCUCGUUAGAUUCGACUUUGCAGCAGGGUAGAAAUAGACUCUGGUCUAGCCGGGUCCAGGGGCACACAUCAAGUGCCUCUGGCCGUGACGAGUGGCAGACGCUAGUGAACAAGCUUAAUAGCAGGCAUAAUGGCACAACUAAAGGAACUCGGCUCGACGACAUGAUAACGGACUUUCUGGUUACCUGGAUGAAUGAGGCAAAUGGCAACAAUGAGCGAGAAACCUAGACCUGUGUGAGGCGGUCUUCCAACGGCAGAUGAAGGCUUGUCCUGGGCGUCUGAAGAGGCUCCUUGCCAGCUCCAGAUCCUUGCAGGGUCUUCAACUUAUAGGCAAUCAACCCUUGCCACAACAGGGCCAUAACAGGGCCGCAACAGUCCGAGUGCAAGGUUAACAUUUGGCUUCAAGUUGUUGCGCCGUAGCCGUUUGAGUACAGCGACAGGGUGGUGCAUGUUUCAUUUGUUUCAAGCCUGCAAGCUUUCAAAUAGUAUAAUUAGAGUUAAAUUUCUAAAGAUCAGCAGAGCGCCUCAACCUUUUUUUGAGAUGUGAUGUUAUGGGCCUCUCUGCUAUGACAUUUUU